UGCGCAAGUUUUCGUGACGCGUCAGUAAAUCCUUUCAAAGAAGAAAAGAGUGGAUGCGCAGUCUUCCGGUGUCCUUGUACGACCAUACGACGACUGUUGACGUGGAGCUAUGUACCGACACAUUCAAGCGCUCCAGCAGGUGUCGCGGCGGACACUGAGCACCAGUGCGCGCAGGCAGGUGGAGAACAAGGUCCCACAUAAACAGAAGCAUUUCCAGGAGGACAAUGGGAUUCCAAUUCAUUUGAAAGGGGGUGUCAGUGACGCCAUCCUGUACAGAGCAACAAUGGCACUCACCAUCCUAGGAUCUGCAUAUGUCGUAUAUGAACUGGUUUGUGCCGCUUUCCCCAAGAAGAAGGACUGACUCCAGCUGCUGGGCUUACCUGUUCUACAUGACACCCUAUUAGUUGUAAAAAGUUGUCUCUGUGUCAUCAGGGGGUUGAUUUGGCAUGUGGCAAUGGCUUUUGUUUCAUGUUCAUGGGAUCAAUAUUUAUUUAAUUGUUUGUUUAUUUAUAACUGAGGAUGAUUAAAUAUGCCUCUCAUUA